AUGUCAGUUGAUGGAAAAAUGUGUCGAGUCUGCUUAGCGACUCAAAAGACGUCAAGAUUUAAUUUGAUUUUUGGAAAUAAUGGAAAAAUAGCAAAGCAAAUUCAUGAAUUGUCUGGAGUUAAGAUCCUCGAAUUUAAACAAUGUCCAGCUCUAAUCUGCCCUAAAUGUACAGGAAACCUCCAAAGAGCUCUCGAACUUCAUAACUCAAUCAUAGACAAUAACAGACACUUCAAUGAGAUCUACAAAGUUUGUCGAUUUAAGGAAUAUGACAUUGAAUUAGCAGCUGGAGUUCUAUCUGAUGAGUCUGACGAAUGGAAAGUCGAAGUGCUGGAUGAAGAUGUAGAAAUUAAAAAUGAACCAAAUACAUCAUCCGAACUGAGUGUUAGAAAUAUUGUUGGAAAUUAUAAUGCACCAGAAUCUGAAGAAUUUAUAGUUACUGAGGAAAUUAAACAGGAACCGGAAGAUGAAGUUGAGCAGUUUACAACAGAAACCAAGAUUUUUGACAAUCAAGCUCAAGAUUUGAUAGAAAUUACGACUGAAAUUAAGGAGGAACCUGAAGAAAUUCAAGAAUUUAAGUUUGACGAUCUUCCAGAGGAGGUGCUGCUAGCAAUUGACAGUGACAAUUCAGAUGAACUUGACGAUGGUGAAUAUUUAGAUGAAUCUGGUCAAUCUACAAGCCAGCAAUCUAGAAAACGAGGUCGAAAGGACAUUAAUAAGUCAUUUACAUGCUUGAUUUGUGGACACAUAUAUUGUAACGAGUUGGACAGACAAAAACAUCUUGCAACGGCUCAUAGUCAAAAGAAAAGGAAACUGAAUGAUUCUCAGAUGAUUUGUGGUAAAGACUGGAUGUGCUGUUACUGUGGGGAGAGUUUUAGGACUAAAGCAGAUAGUGUAAACCAUAGAAAGACUGAACAUCGAGAAGAAGAAGAAUCCCUCAACUGCCGUCACUGUCAGAUGCAGUUCACUCAAAGACAUCACCUACGAAUCCACAUUAAGUACACACAUUUAGGGAAGUCCUUCUUCUGUUCAAAUUGUAAUUCUAAAUUCAACAACCAGGAAUCGUUCAAAGCUCACAUGGAAAUUGAGAAAAAUCAACGGAAUUUUGUGUGUAAAAUUUGUGCAGCAUCGUUUAUACUAAAGAGUGGAUUGACUAAGCAUAUGAAGAAGCAUGAAAGUGAUAAACAUGCUUGUGAACAUUGUGGAUUGAAAUUUGCCACACAGGCUAUGUUGAAGAAUCAUUUAAAGGCUGUUCAUUCGAAAUCAAAACCAUUCAGAUGUGGUUCGUGUCACGAGACAUUUGAGUUUAAAAGCCAUCUUCAAAGACACCUCAGCAAAGGAAACUGCUCAACAACAUCGAGGACAUGA